GCAGUUGGUGAAACUCCUCUGCCUCCCGCUCAUCUUUUCAUUGCUUGCUCCACUCCUUCCCGCAGACGCGGACCUCCCCUGGGCGCCAGCUCCUCGGCUCCAACGGGUCCAGAAACAAGCCGGGUUUUUUUUUUUUUUUCUUCUUCCUGGAAAUUGGCUUUGGUGCGCUUUGCCCUACCUCCCUCCGCCCCCUCCCUCCCCCCCUUUUUUUUUUUGAGACUUGGCCGGGGCAGUGGCUCCUGGAAGAGGAACAAGUGUGGGAAAAGGGAGAGGAAACCGGAGCUAAAUGACAGGAUGCAGGCGACUUGAGACACAAAAAGAGAAGCGUUUCUCUCGGAUCAAGGCAUUGCUUCGCUGCUUCCCUUUCUCCGAGACGGGCUGAGGAUUUCACGGCUCCGGGCGGAGUUGCAGCGCUUCGGAUUGUUUCGACUGCCCUCUUUGCUUGCUGUGUCUACCCCGGCACGUUCUCGUUCUGCCGCGUUGCCUGGGGACCCGGCGAAGGGAGAAUGGAGAGCGGGCUGCCGCUGCUCUGCGCCGCGCUCGCCCUCGCCCUCGCCCUGGCCGGCGCUUUCCGCAACGAUAAAUGUGGCGAUACUAUAAAAAUUGAAAGCCCCGGCUAUCUUACGUCUCCUGGUUAUCCUCAUUCUUAUCACCCAAGUGAAAAAUGUGAAUGGCUGAUUGAGGCUCCGGACCCAUACCAGAGAAUUAUGAUCAACUUCAACCCCCACUUUGAUUUGGAGGACAGAGACUGCAAGUAUGACUAUGUGGAGGUCAUCGACGGAAGAAAUGAAAAUGGACGCUUAUGGGGAAAGUUCUGUGGCAAGAUCGCGCCUUCUCCUGUGGUGUCUUCGGGGCCAUUUCUUUUUAUCAGAUUUGUCUCUGACUAUGAAACGCAUGGUGCGGGAUUUUCCAUACGUUAUGAAAUUUUCAAGAGAGGUCCUGAGUGUUCCCAGAACUAUACAAUGCCCAGUGGAGUGAUAAAGUCCCCUGGGUUCCCUGAAAAAUAUCCCAACAGCCUUGAAUGCACUUAUAUUAUCUUUGCGCCAAAGAUGUCGGAGAUUAUCCUGGAAUUUGAAAGCUUUGACCUGGAGCCCGACUCAAAUCCUCCAGGAGGGAUGUUCUGUCGCUAUGACCGGCUAGAAAUCUGGGAUGGAUUCCCCGAUGUUGGCCCUCACAUUGGGCGCUACUGUGGACAGAAAACACCAGGUCGUGUCCGUUCCUCUUCGGGCAUUCUAUCCAUGGUUUUUUAUACUGACAGUGCAAUAGCAAAAGAAGGUUUCUCAGCAAACUACAGUGUCUUGCAGAGCAGUGUCUCCGAAGAUUUCAAAUGCAUGGAAGCUCUGGGCAUGGAAUCAGGAGAGAUUCAUUCUGACCAAAUCACGGCUUCUUCCCAGUAUAGCACCAAUUGGUCCGCAGAGCGCUCCCGCCUCAACUACCCCGAGAACGGGUGGACCCCUGGCGAGGACUCCUACAGGGAGUGGAUCCAGGUGGACUUGGGCCUCCUGCGUUUUGUCACUGCCGUCGGGACACAGGGUGCCAUUUCCAAGGAAACCAAGAAGAAAUACUACGUCAAGACUUACAGAAUAGAAAUUAGCUCCAACGGGGAAGACUGGAUCACCAUAAAAGAAGGAAAUAAACCUGUUGUCUUCCAGGGAAACACCAACCCCACAGAUGUUGUGUAUGGAGUUUUCCCCAAACCACUGAUAACUCGAUUUGUUCGAAUCAAACCUAUGACUUGGGAAACUGGCAUAUCAAUGAGAUUUGAAGUAUAUGGUUGCAAGAUAACAGAUUACCCUUGCUCUGGAAUGCUGGGCAUGGUGUCUGGACUUAUUUCUGACUCCCAGAUUACAGCAUCGAACCAAGCGGACAGAAACUGGAUGCCCGAAAACAUCCGCCUGGUGACCAGUCGCUCGGGCUGGGCCCUGCCACCCACGCCUCAUCCCUACGUAAACGAGUGGCUCCAGGUGGACCUGGGAGAGGAGAGGAUCGUGCGUGGCGUCAUCAUUCAGGGCGGGAAGCACCGAGAGAACAAGGUGUUCAUGAGGAAGUUCAAGGUCGGGUACAGCAACAAUGGCUCGGACUGGAAGAUGAUCAUGGACGACAGCAAGCGCAAGGCGAAGUCUUUCGAGGGUAACAACAACUAUGACACACCUGAGCUGCGGACUUUUCCAGCUCUUUCCACACGAUUCAUCAGAAUCUACCCCGAGAGAGCCACUCAUGGCGGGUUAGGGCUGAGAAUGGAGCUGCUCGGCUGUGAAGUGGAAGCACCUACAGCUGGACCAACCACUCCCAAUGGGAACCCGGUGGACGAGUGUGAUGACGACCAGGCCAACUGCCACAGUGGAACAGGUGAUGACUUCCAGCUCACAGGUGGUACCACCGUGUUGAGCACAGAAAAGCCGACAGUAUUAGACAGCACCAUACAAUCAGAGUUUCCAACAUAUGGUUUUAACUGUGAAUUUGGCUGGGGCUCUCACAAGACAUUCUGUCACUGGGAACACGACAAUCACGUGCAACUCAAGUGGAGUGUGCUGACCAGCAAAACAGGACCCAUCCAGGAUCACACAGGAGAUGGCAACUUUAUCUACUCCCAAGCUGAUGAAAAUCAGAAAGGCAAAGUGGCCCGCCUGGUGAGCCCCGUGGUCUACUCCCAGAACUCUGCCCACUGCAUGACCUUCUGGUAUCACAUGUCUGGUUCCCACGUCGGCACACUGAGGGUCAAACUGCGCUACCAGAAGCCAGAGGAGUAUGACCAGCUGGUCUGGAUGGCCAUCGGACACCAAGGAGACCACUGGAAGGAAGGGCGCGUCUUGCUCCACAAGUCUCUGAAACUGUACCAGGUGAUUUUUGAGGGCGAAAUCGGAAAAGGAAAUCUUGGUGGGAUUGCUGUGGACGACAUUAGUAUUAAUAACCACAUUUCGCAAGAGGACUGUGCAAAACCGGCAGACCUGGAUAAAAAGAACCCAGAAAUUAAAAUUGAUGAAACAGGGAGCACCCCAGGAUAUGAGGGCGAGGGGGAAGGCGACAAGAACAUCUCCAGGAAGCCGGGCAACGUGCUGAAGACCUUGGACCCCAUCCUCAUCACCAUCAUAGCCAUGAGCGCCCUGGGCGUGCUCCUGGGUGCCAUCUGCGGGGUCGUGCUGUACUGUGCCUGUUGGCACAACGGGAUGUCAGAAAGAAACUUGUCCGCCCUGGAGAACUAUAACUUUGAACUUGUGGAUGGCGUGAAGUUGAAAAAAGACAAACUGAAUACACAAAAUACUUACUCGGAGGCAUGAAGGUGGACAGAGAUGGAAAGACCCGUAAUCAGAGACUUGAGGUGGAAGGACGUGGCGUGCGUGUGCUGGAGACUGUCCGUCUUCUCUCACUGGACAGGCUGGGAAGUGCGUGACGCUGAGCCAGGCUUUUCUCAGGAGCUUCAACGAGUGUGACCGACAGACAUGGACAAGUGAGCUGUGUUAACAAUCGGAAUCAUGUACAGUCAGCCUUUUCCUGUUGGUUUAAUUUGAAUCGUCAGAUGCUGGUGUUGAGACCAAGUAUGAUCGACUUAAUUCAUUUCGGCUUCCUCCUCCCCUUCUCUCUCCUCCUCUCUCUCUCUCUCUCCUCCUUCUUUAUAUGGAUUCUUUUCGGAAACUGUGCAAAAUCCAAGAUGCUGGCACCAAGUGUAUUGAGUGGGGCCCUUUUGACAGAUGCGCUACCUGUAGCCCAGUGCCCAGAACAUAUUCGAAUAACUGCGUUCCAAUGGACUUCCGAAGUUGUACUUGUGUAUAAUUGCCCGCGUCGUGCAUAGGCAAAGGAGGAUUAGGGUGUUUUCUUUUAAAAGUACUGUAGCCUCAGUACCGGUAUAGUGUGUCAGCUCUGUUUACGAAGCAAUACCGUCAGAUUUUCUUGAUGUUUUUCCAGUGUUGUACUCAACCUCGUGCUUGUGAACUCCAUACAGAAAACUGUGCCAUCACCAAACACUGCUGGCAACUGCGUGUACUGCUGCCAACCGCAACAACAACAAAAAAAUCCUUGGCACUGGCUAGUCUAUGUCCCCUCAAGUGCCUUUUUGUUUGUACUGGUCCAUUGUGUCACAUUGACGACCCACUCUGUUUCCCGCUGGUGAAAGCCCUCCUCUUUAAUCAAACCCUGGUGGCCCACUGACUAAGAAGAAAGUAUAUUUUAGUGUGAGACGUCAGCCCCCCGGGAAGGCAAGGGCUCUGAAGAUUUGGCAAUGUGGCUUAAUCGUUCUGCUUUUUCUGUAGUUCAAUUUCAUGUCUCUUGACCCUUUUGUAUAAAGCUGCGAUAUUCUCUCUUUAUUGUUCUUUCAUAUGGAAUGUAUUUUCAAAUGUAAACUCUUUCUCUUUCUCUCCUAUUGCUCUGUCUUUUUUUCUCUCUUAGAAUUUAAGCAUUUGCCAUUUUCCAGAAAAGAAACUUGCAGCUUUAACCUGCUGGGAAUGGUAAACAAUUUUACUAGACUUUAUGUUUAAGAAUGAAUAAAUAAAUAAGGGAAAUUCCUAACUUUGCCCUCCAAAGUCUAACUUUGGUUUUCUUGUUAACUGGUUAAAGUGACAGUAUCUUUUUUCCUUAAGCCGUUUGUCAAUCUUUUGUGAUCAAAAUGAUCUUCCAUAGAAAUGUUUGCAUUUCGUAGAAAUAAUGGCAAAUUGAGGGAAGAGAUGAUAUUAAUUGGCUUUCAAAUGAGACCCAGAGGAAGGAUUGAAUAAAAUCUUCCAAAUAUCUGAAAACAUGAGAUUUUUUACAUCCAAAUAUGCAAAAAUGACCCAUGAGAAACCUUCUUGUUUUGAUGUUGAGUCAGACAAAGGGGAGUGGAAGGAAGUUAAUUUAAGAAAGAAACUAUAAAUCCUGAUGCGGGGGCAGGGAAGGUGAAGUAUUUUAAGAUAAGAGUGGGGGAAACAGGUAAAGUCAAAACAAAUGUUUUUAAAAAUCCAUUCAACAGCAACCUUGAAAAAAAGUAGACUUGAAUGAAUGCUUCUAGGAACUUCCAUUCUAGAAACUUCCAGCAGCUCACAAAGAAUAAGCCUGCCUUGAGGCUGACAAGACCUAAGCCUCUAACAGCACAGAGGAGUGAAUAUCUUAUCAGGCAGUAUAUGAAUUAACCCAAAGAAGCUUUGGUUGUUUUGGGUGUAUUUUUGUCAUGACGUGUUGUACUUAAGAUUUUUUUACAUCUUCCUCCUUUCCCGCAGUGCUGUAGGUCUCACUGAAAUACAUUUGUUGAGAGUCACGUUUGCAUCCUACACAGGACAGUCCAUUCAUCUUGGUUAAAUUGGAUUGAGAAUGCCUUUUGUUUCCAGGAAAGUAUUGAUCCCCUCGAAAGAAGAAUAGUUUUUUGUCCCCAGAGGCAUUCGUUUAGUUGCUAUAAUCAUGCCAGAAGGAAAGCACUAAGGAAGAUUUGAUUUUUUUUUUCUUUUAAGGUAAACAGACUUAAAGUUAUCCUCAGCCAAGGAAAAAUGAUACUGCAACUUUAAAAUUUUAAAGUAUCUUGCACUGAUAAAUAUAUUUAAAAAUUAUAUGUUUAUAAAGUUAUUAAUUUGUAAAGGCAGUGUUACAAAAUGUUCAGUUUAUAUUGUUUUAGAUUGUUUUGUAAUUUUUAAAGGUAUAAAAUAACGUAUUUUUUCUUUAUUGAAAUCUAUAAAACUUUCUGUAGUAAAAUGUUUUCAUUUUACUGGUAUAUUAUUGCUUCAUGUUUUGUACCAUCGUAAGAUUUUGUGCAGAUUUUUUUUUACAGAAAUUUUUAUUUUCUAUGACAAUAUGACACUUGUAAAUUGUUGUUUCAAAAUGAACAGCGAAGCCUUAACUUUAAAUGACAUUUGUAUUCUCAGACACUGAGUAACAUAAAAACCACAUAGAACUGAACUGUAACUUAAAUUCCAAACUAUGACUACUACAUUCCAAAGAAACAGUUGAAUUAAACAUUUUCAUAAAAUA